AUGACCCCAACCCUAAACUUAUGGAGAAUAUCACUCCCCAGAUUUCUAAAAUCAACCCCAUGCAAACCACCAAAUCCACCCAUAAAACUUCUCCCAGCAACCGAACCGCUCGAAGAAGAAUGCACUCCUCAUUACAGCCACCAGCAUUUCUACCCUGCCCGUCUCUACCAACUCCUCAACAACAGAUACCAAAUCACCGCAAAACUAGGCUGGGGAACCAGCUCAACUGUGUGGUUGGCUCGCGACUUACAACAAUGGCGCUGGCGCCAACCACGCUACGUUGCUGUCAAAAUCAAGGCAAACAAUUACGCGACCACAGAAGACGCCGAAAAAGAUCUACGGAUUACAGAGCAUAUUAGUCGCCUGAAUCCUAAGCAUGUGGGCUGGAACUUCAUCAGCGCGUUGCUCGAUUCUUUUAUCUUGUCAGGUCCCCAUGGCACUCAUGUCUGUAUGGUGUUUGAUCCCCUAUGUGAGCCGCUUUGGAUGUUGAAACAGCGGUUCCGGGGGGAUGUGCUCCCGUUGGAUGUACUGAAACCUGUUGCAAGAAUGCUACUAGAAGGACUUUGCUAUCUUCACUCUCAGUGUCGUGUUGUUCAUACAGAUCUGAAACAGGACAAUAUCCUCAUGACUCUUCGAGACCCGUCUGUACUUGAUAAAGUUUCUCAGGAUGAGAUGAGCGCCCCUCUCCCUCAGAAGCAUCUCCCUGAUCGAACGAUAUAUCUCUCAAGGAACCAUUUCAGCUUAGAGGUAAAAGAUCUAGGAAGACCUGUCAUCACUGAUUUCGGACUAUCCGUGCGUGGACCUCAGAGCCAUACUCAUCUCAUUCAACCCGAUGAAUACCGAGCCCCUGAAGUGAUUCUCGGGGCGGGUUGGACUUACAGUGCUGAUAUUUGGAAUCUGGCUGUCUUGUUUUUGGAUUUAGUAAAUGGAAAGGGACCUUUUGAUUCAUCAGAAUCAGAAUCAAAUACUUCUUCAUUCUCUGAUGAGAAACAUCUAGCCCGCACAAUAUCAAUCCUUGGUCCUCCGCCCGUGGAUAUGCUUUGCCGGGCAAAACACACUUCUCGGUAUUUUGAUCCUGAAGGUAGUGUUUUCUCUUGA